AUGGCAAUCCUUCACAAGUGCUUUGGAGGCUGUGGUUCCACUUCUCGGAAACAACCUUCCACAACAAUAGAAUAUCUAUGCCAUCGCUUUCCUCUUUCCCAACUUCGAAAAGCCACCGACGACUUCGACGAAAGCCGGAAGAUCGGUGAAGGGCCCUAUGGUGUGGUGUACAGGGCUUGCAUCUCCAUUAAUGGCCAACUCAAAGAUAUUACAGUGAAGCGGCUCCGACGAGAAGCAGCGAUUUCCUCAAACGGCUUCUCACUGUAUAAGAACGAUAUCAUAUUUAUGUGCCAACUAAACCACCCGAAUCUGGUUUCUCUGGUUGGAUUCUGCGAUGAUCAAAAUGAAAUGAUUGUGGUCUACGAGUACGCCCCAAACGGAUCUCUCCAGCAACUUUAUGGAACAGAGAGCAAGUCUCCAAUACGACCAUGGAAGAAGAGGCUGGAAAUCAGUAUAGGACUGGCACGUGGCUUACACUACCUUCACUCGGGAACCAAACACACCAUCAUCCAUGGCAAUAUUGCACCGUCGACCAUUCUCCUAGGGGAGAAUUGGGUUCCCAGACUCAAUUUUUUUGGGCGUUCUUUAAAAGGACCAAAGUUUUCAGCCAAGGAUAUGAAACCCAUACAGUUGGAAUACGUUGAAGGCCCUUGGGGAUACAUAGCUCCUGAGUGCUUUAGGGCCCCUAAGGUCACCUACAAAUGUGAUGUCUAUUCUUUUGGAGUAGUUUUGUUAGAACUCAUCUGCGGAAAGACUUUGUACCAAAUUAGUCAGCAUAAGGGGCGUCAUAUUGAGGCUGCAAAUGUUAUUCCAUUUACACUCAGUGUAGUUGAGGAAGUACGUGAUUUGGCAGGCACAGGAAAUGCUGAGGGAAUUAUUGAUGAGAGUUUGGAGGGAGAAAUAGGAGAAGAGUGUUGGAAAUUGUAUAUGGACAUCACAGAGAGCUGCUUGAGUGAAGAUCCCAAUGAGAGGCCACAUAUGGGAGAAGUUGAAGUUCAACUUGAACGUGUGUUGCAACUACAAGAGGAAGCUAAUUCCAACAAUGCAUCCUCGUGA